AUGAAGGAGGGCAAGCUCAUCUCCAGCGAAUUGAUGGUGAAACUCAUCAGGGAAAAGAUAGAGAGUCGCAAUUUCGGAGGAAGGUACCUGCUGGACGGAUUCCCCCGCGGCCAGGAGAACAUGGACGUCUGGGAGAAGGAGAUGGCCAAGUGGGUGAACCUCAAGUCAGCCAUCUACUUCGAGUGCACUGAGGAGGAGCUCAAGAAGAGACUGCUGGAGAGGGGCAAGACUAGCGGCAGGGCCGACGACAAUGAGGAAUCCAUCGCCAAGAGACUGAAGGUGUUCAACGACCAGACAAAGCCAGUUAUUGAUUUCUACGAAAAGCAGCACAAGUUGCACAGGUUCAACGCCAACAGGGACGUGGCUUCCAUCACCGCCGACGUGGAGAAGCACUUGGACGGGCUCGGCAUCUUCCCCGCCAACUCCUGA